AUGAGCAUCCGGGUUAUUGCGCGUGUUCGGCCUCUCCUCAAGUCUGAACGAGAACUCGAUGCGAUUCUCCGUACGGGAUCCACGGCGGGCACGGACUCCAAAUCGCGGGAGUCAAGCAAUGGCGAUAAGAAACUGGCGGCGUUGCGAGACCGGGAUAACGUGGUGCGGAUCCCCAACCCCAAGAACGAGGGCGAGGAGUAUUCGUUCCAGUUCAAUGGGGUGUACGACGCAGAGGCGUCGCAGCAGGAGCUGUUCGACGCGGAGGUGGCCCCGACGAUCAAACACUUGUUCAACGGAUUCGAUGUGACUUUAUUCGCGUACGGUGUCACCGGAACAGGCAAAACACACACAAUGCGCGGCGGUAAGAGCCUGGCGGACCGGGGUGUGAUUCCACGCCUGCUCAGUGGCAUCUACAGACGCAGCCGGAAGAUCGAAAAGGACACCAAUGGGGAGACAACGGUUCAGGUCUCGUUGAGCUACUAUGAAAUCUACAAUGACAAGGUGUAUGAUCUGUUGGAACCGCCGGAGAAGCGUACGAUGGCUGGGCUCCCCCUGCGGGACAACGGUGGGAAAACCGUGGUCGUUGGUUUGACCGAAAAGCCAUGCACCAGCCUGAAGGAGUUUGAAGGAAUGUACGACCAAGCGAACAACAACAGGUCGACUUCCGCGACCAAGUUGAACGCUCAUUCCUCGCGCUCCCACGCUAUUCUCGGUGUCAAGGUCACUGUCUGCUCCCCGGACAAAACUCGAGUCAGCACUGCCUCGGCCAUCGAUCUGGCAGGGUCGGAAGAUAAUCGCAGAACGGAUAAUGACAAGGAGCGAAUGGUCGAGUCGGCAAGCAUCAACAAGAGUCUCUUUGUGCUCGCUCAGUGUGUCGAGGCAAUCACCAAGAAGCAGCACCGGAUCCCUUAUCGCGAGUCCAAGAUGACAAGGAUCUUGUCUCUGGGGCAAAACAACGGCUUGACAGUGAUGAUUCUCAAUCUCGCGCCCGUUCGGUCGUAUCACUUAGACACAAUCAGCUCUCUGAGUGUUGCCAAUCGAACAAGGAAAAUCGAAGUGCGCGAAGUGGAGAAUGACCCAAUGUUCAAGGGCCCUGCACGACCUUCCAUCCGGCCAUCGAUGGCAAACUCAGGACACCGACAGCCGCUGCGACCGCUCACAGCGUCGGUUAAUGUGAACAUGCCCGCUCCGGCUGUCAAGGACCCGGCAAAAAAAGAUGAUGGCAAGCCUGUGAAAGCAUUUAACGUCUAUUCAGACCGGCCACUGGCGAAACCAGUAACACAGUUCAGGAAACCCGAGAUCCCCAAACGUUCAUCUCUUUCUUCCGACACGCAUUCUGUGCGGCCCCAGAAGCCCGCUCGUCCGGCUAGCCACGCAGACAUAUCCGCUGCCACGAUUGAGGAGAUGGUUGAGAAGAAGGUCGAGGCAAUUUUGGCCGUCCGGGCUGUGAGCGAGCAGUCGCGGCAAACCCAAGUCCGAGAGCUGAAUGAACAAGUCCAACGGCGUUUGGAAACACUGGAGCAGCGCAUCGAGGGCACAGAAGAUGCGCGAGCUGAAGGGCUGUCCUACUUGCUUAUGGCCAAGCAACACCAGGCGCGGGGUGAAGAAGGCUCGGCCUUGAGGAUGUACCAACUUGCACUUCCUCAUUUCCCGCACAAUGAGAAGCUGGCCGGCAAGAUCGCCGCUCUCAAAGAACGAGUCCACGCAAAGUCCUGGGGUCAGCAUAACUCCCCUCCUGCCAAAGGAAGAACGGGUAGCAUGCUGUCCUUGAAAAAGGAGCCAACGACAACUCUGGGAAAACGCCAGUCAGAAGAUUUCGAUCGUGACUACGAGGACGCCAUGGGUGGCGACGGAUUCUCGAGCGAUGAAGACAGCCUCCAAGAAGCCUCGCGCCCCACACAUAAGAGACGUGCCACGGCCAAAUCUCUCCGUCCGAGUGUGGACGCGCAUGAUGCCCUGGACUGUGAGGAUCCCACUGUCUCGCCUCGCACCAUCCAUCUGUUGUCCAUCAUCAACUCGAGAGACGUCAGCCAGAUCAAGUUGCUCAAAGGUGUCGGUGCUAAGAAGGCCGAGGCUAUCGUCGACUGCCUGUGUGAGAUGGACCAGGCUUCUUCAUCAUUUGGUGGCAAUGCUCCGGAAAUCAUUUCUGAUCAGCCCCAGUUCCAGGUCAAUAGCCUGGCGGAGCUGAGCAAGUUGAAGGGCGUGGGGAUUCGGACGGUGGAGAACAUGCGCAAUGGAGUUUUGGUCUGA